AUGGGGAAAUACAAGACAAAAAUGGGGAUGGGUGGACUUAGAAGGAACCCCAAAAUAGGAAGCUCCGUGUGCUGUGCAGAUUGCGUAAGCCACCCAUACAUUUCCUCCUACACAGGAACGGCGGAGGAGAAGCGGCGAGAGACGGGAGACGGGAGACGGAGGGCGGAGGGACGGCGACAGGAUGCGAUAUGGAUGGCGGGCCCCCUCCAGAAACCGCUGUACACCCGUUCCAAUGCUUCUUUUUUUGUGAGUGCCUACUAUACCCGUGCUGCACCACUUCCUUCGCGAAUUUACUGCACCCCACGUCCCUUCCCUUCUUUGGAUCCCCGCCCAGAGGGAAUACGGGUGAAGGGAUGUCGCUUUUUCCUGCAGGCUAUUGUCCUGCAGCUGGCCGUGCGCACUUUUCUGUGGCGGGCCGUUUUCUUUUUCCGGCCAUUGUAUAGCUUAUUUCCCGUUGGAAUUCUCCGCUUUCCCCUGCGCGCAUACUUACCCGUUCCCGUCUUUGGUCGAUUUAGGAUUGCGAGUCUCUGUGAGCAAUAG